CCCUCCCCCUCACCUCCAGCUGUUCGUUCCGAGUCUCCGGUGUUACAGGGUUCUUGCGAGAGUCGGCCAAGGCUUUAAAUCCCAAUCCGGAGGCUCUUUAAGGACCCAGCCGAUUAGUCUCAGUUGUUGUUUGAUUUAGGUUUCGUGAAUAUGAGUGCCGUCAAUAUCACAAACGUCGCCGUUUUGGACAACCCCUCCGCUUUCCUCAACCCCUUCCAGUUCGAAAUCUCAUACGAGUGCUUGGCUUCUCUCAAAGACGACCUGGAAUGGAAGCUCAUAUAUGUCGGAUCUGCUGAAGAUGAGACGUAUGACCAACUCUUGGAGAGUGUGCUUGUUGGUCCUGUCAAUGUUGGCAACUAUCGUUUUGUAUUCCAGGCUGACCCUCCAGACCCAACAAAAAUACGUGAUGAAGAUAUCAUUGGUGUCACAGUACUUCUGUUGACAUGUUCUUAUAUGGGGCAGGAGUUUGUUAGGGUGGGAUACUACGUGAACAAUGAUUAUGAUGAUGAACAACUGAGAGAGGAACCUCCCCCGAAGUUGUUGAUUGAUAGGGUCCAGAGAAAUAUCUUAGCUGACAAGCCGAGAGUGACUAAGUUCCCUAUCAAUUUUCAUCCUGAGAACAGUGAACACGAGGAGCCAGCGCCUCCUUCAGUUGAGCAUCCAACAGAACUGAAGCAGCCUCUAUCUUCGCCUGAUUUUGCAACCGAGUCAAACAUCAAUGCAGAAGAACCAUCCCUUCCACCUGUAUCAUCCGUUGGAAGUGUGGAAAAUUAGGUGGUUUUACAUCAAAUCUUUAAAUCUGCCUGGCAGGGUGACCGUUUUUGGUUGACAUAGCUAUAUUAGGUUUAAACAUUCCCCUUUUGGAAAACAGUUUGACGCUCAUCUAGUGUUUGAUCAGAAUGUUUUGUGCGAUCAUUUUCUUGUUGGGUUGGUAAGAUGUGCCAUGGGAUUGCCCCAAAGUUGUAGCAUUCAGGGUACGUUUUU